AGGUGACGGUGCUUUCCCUUGUCUGACAGCCUGUGAGACCCAGCUGCCCGUUUCCUUCCGGCACCUGAUCCUCCCUGAGAAGUAUCCUCCUCCCACCGAGCUGCUGGACCUGCAGCCUCUGCCCGUGUCCGCUCUGCGGAACAGCGCCUUCGAGAGCCUCUACCAGGACAAGUUCCCUUUCUUCAACCCCAUCCAGACCCAGGUGUUCAACACGGUCUAUAACAGCGAUGACAACGUGUUUGUGGGGGCUCCCACGGGGAGUGGGAAGACCAUUUGUGCUGAAUUUGCCAUCCUGAGGAUGCUGCUCCAGAACUCGGAGGGACGCUGCGUGUACAUCACUCCCAUGGAGGCUCUGGCAGAGCAGGUCUUCUUGGACUGGUACGAGAAGUUCCAGGAGCGUCUCAAUAAGAAGGUGGUUUUGCUGACGGGGGAGACCAGCACCGACCUGAAGCUGCUGGGCAAAGGGAACAUCAUCAUCAGCACCCCUGAGAAGUGGGACAUCCUCUCCCGACGCUGGAAGCAGCGCAAGAACGUCCAGAAUGUCAACCUCUUCAUCGUGGAUGAAGUGCACCUCAUUGGGGGUGAAAAUGGGCCAGUGCUGGAGGUCAUCUGCUCCCGCAUGCGCUACAUCUCCUCCCAAAUCGAGCGCCCCAUCCGCAUCGUGGCCCUCAGCUCCUCCCUCUCCAACGCCAAGGAUGUGGCCCACUGGCUGGGCUGCAGCGCCACGUCCACCUUCAACUUCCACCCCAACGUCCGCCCCGUGCCCCUCGAGCUGCACAUUCAGGGCUUCAACAUCAGCCACACGCAGACCCGCCUGCUCUCCAUGGCCAAGCCUGUCUACCACGCCAUCAUGAAGCACUCGCCCAAGAAGCCCGUCAUCGUCUUCGUCCCCUCGCGCAAGCAGACGCGGCUCACGGCCAUCAACAUCCUCACCACGUGUGCUUCAGACGUCCAGAGGCAAAGGUUCCUGCACUGUGCAGAGAAGGAUCUGGUGCCAUACCUGGACAAGCUGAAUGACAACACUCUGAAGGAGACGCUUGUGAACGGGGUGGGCUACCUGCAUGAGGGGCUGACAGCCAUGGAACGGCGUGUGGUGGAGCAGCUCUUCAGCUCUGGUGCAGUGCAGGUCAUGGUGGCCUCCCGCAGCCUCUGCUGGGGCAUGAACAUUGCCGCUCACCUCGUCAUCAUCAUGGACACGCAGUACUACAACGGCAAGAUCCACGCGUACGUGGAUUACCCCAUCUAUGACGUGCUGCAGAUGGUGGGACACGCGAACCGCCCGCUGCAGGACGACGAGGGCCGUUGUGUCAUCAUGUGCCAGGGCUCCAAGAAGGAUUUCUUCAAGAAGUUCCUCUAUGAGCCCCUGCCUGUGGAGUCCCACUUGGACCACUGCAUGCACGACCACUUCAACGCUGAGAUUGUCACCAAGACCAUUGAAAACAAGCAGGAUGCAGUGGAUUAUCUCACCUGGACCUUCCUGUACCGCAGGAUGACGCAGAACCCGAACUACUACAACCUGCAGGGUGUGUCCCACAGGCACCUCUCGGAUCAUCUCUCGGAACUGGUGGAACAGACCCUCAGUGACCUGGAGCAGUCCAAGUGCAUCAGCAUCGAGGACGAGAUGGACGUGGCUCCUCUGAACCUGGGAAUGAUCGCUGCCUACUACUACAUCAACUACACCACCAUUGAGCUCUUCAGCAUGUCCCUCAAUGCCAAGACCAAGGUGCGAGGGCUCAUUGAGAUCAUCUCCAACGCUGCUGAGUACGAGAACAUCCCCAUCAGGCACCAUGAGGACAACUUGCUGCGGCAGCUGGCCCAAAAGGUUCCCCACAAACUGCCCAACCCCAAAUUCAACGAUCCCCACGUCAAGACCAACCUGCUGCUGCAGGCUCACUUGUCACGCAUGCAGCUGAGCGCCGAGCUGCAGUCGGACACCGAGGAGAUCCUCAGCAAGGCGAUCCGGCUGAUCCAGGCCUGUGUGGACGUGUUGUCCAGCAAUGGGUGGCUCAGCCCCGCGCUGGCCGCCAUGGAGCUGGCGCAGAUGGUGACCCAGGCCAUGUGGUCCAAGGAUUCCUAUCUCAAGCAGCUGCCUCACUUCACCUCUGAGCACAUCAAGCGCUGCACGGACAAGGGUGUGGAGAGCGUGUUUGACAUCAUGGAGAUGGAGGACGAGGACCGCAACGCGCUGCUGCAGCUCUCGGACGUCCAGAUCGCCGAUGUCGCCCGCUUCUGCAACCGCUACCCCAACAUCGAGCUCUCCUACGAGGUGGUGGAGAAGGAGAGCAUCCGGAGUGGGGGGCCUGUGGUGGUGCUGGUGCAGCUGGAGCGUGAGGAGGAGGUCACCGGGCCUGUCAUCGCUCCCCUGUUCCCACAGAAACGCGAGGAGGGGUGGUGGGUGGUGAUUGGCGACUCCAAAUCCAACAGCCUCAUCUCCAUCAAGCGCUUGACGCUGCAGCAGAAAGCCAAGGUGAAGUUGGAUUUCGUGGCUCCAGCCACAGGGACCCACAACUACACGUUGUAUUUCAUGAGCGAUGCCUACAUGGGCUGCGACCAGGAGUACAAGUUCAGUGUGGAUGUGAAGGAGGCUGAGAGCGAAAGCGACUCCGACUGA